GUGGUUGUAUUGAUAAGUGUUAUGUUAUUGUAUUGAUGUUUAUGUGUCGCCAUUGUUAUGGUUAUGCCUUUAAUGUAGUGAUGAAACCGAUUUGAUUUGAUUUGAAUUAAUUAAUUGAUUGUCAUUUGGUUCAGACAUGAAACCCAAGAGAAGUCGUGGAAGAGCUAAGUUGAGUCAGUGCUCACAAAUUGCGCGCUUAAGAGAGGGAACCGUUGACCUGACGUCUGCCGACUCUAUUCUGGUUCACACAAACUUGAGGUCACUUCUGAAUCGCCAAACAUUCAUGUCUUUGCCAGUGUAUUAUCAGUACAAAUUGGUCCAAUUGCUUCCCAAGUUUGAUCAGAUGGUCACUCCCGAUGGUUGGAUCAAACCGAGCACUUCUGCGCUCAACAAUGAAUUCUUUGCCAAAUCGUGUCAGUCAUGGCUCGAAAGGCUUUCUGAUUCAAAGUUGACAUCCGAUUCGGACCAAAGAUUUAAGAUUGACGUUGAAAAAGAAAAGAGUAAAUUGGAUCCGUUUAAAGUCAAGUACUUUGAACCAAUUUGGGGACAAACGCUUGAAUCACAACAAGAUAUCACCAAUGAAUUUGAUCGCAUCCCCAAAACCAAGACUUCUAGUGAUUCAAAACAAGAGACCGUCCGAAGACUCCGCAAAAGAAGGCUAUAUUUAAAUAAGAAAUUGAAAUCACAAAAGAGAGUUAAAGCAAUUGCUAAGAAGUCAAUUAUCAGUUCCACAUCUACUACUAGUGUUAAUACAACUACAACUACUACAACACAAAGUGAAAUCAAUUUGAUUUGUGAGAGUGAGUCACAAAUAGCUGAGACAACUAUAGAGUUAACUAAAGAAGAUAACAAUAACAACAACAACAACAACAACAACAACAACAAUGAUAAUAACAGUAAUAUUAGUACUAAUAUUGAAGUGAGUGCUGAUAAUGUGAUUGUCGAAGAUAUAGUGAUCGAUGAAAACGAAAAUAUUGAAAGCAAACCAUCAGAACUUUGUUCAGUAGUUGUAAAGAAAGUCCAAAUAGAGUCAACUGUUAGCAAAACCGAUGAAAUAACAAAUGAAAUGACAAAUGAAAUGACAAAUGAAAUGACAAAUGAAAUGACAAAUGAAAUGACAAAUGAAAUGACAAAUGAAAUGACAAAUGAAAUGACAAAUGAAAUGACAAAUGAAAUGACAUCCAUUGUGUUGCCCUCCACUACAAGUGUGAUACAGUCUACUAAUAUUAACACUCCUUCAAACAUAACCGAUAAAUCAAAUGAUAUGUUAGUUAAAGACAAUGAAAAUGAUUUGAAAAGCAAGCGUUCAAAUCGUAAACGAAAUGCAAACACUAAUGUUAAUGAAGAGGGUGUCGAUGAAGAGCGAUCUUUCCUAAUAUGCCGGCGCGCACUUGAAUCCAGUCCUAACAAUAAGUUAUUUUAUGUCUCAAGAUAUCGACGAAUACAUACUGUCGAAAGUCCUCUUCUUUCAACUAACGAACCAAAAGAAAGCAAAUCCAACGAUAGUUGCAAUGAAAAAGCUGUUGAAUCAACCGUUAAAAGUGUAGACAUUAACAGUAUUGUGCCUUCAAGUGAUACCAAAUGCAUUAUGAAUAAUAAAAAUGACAUAAAGACAACGUCCAACACUAUUAGUACAAUACAAUGGGCACCGUCUAUAAAACAGCAUUCAAUAAAUGAUGGCUCGGAUCAGAUUAGUAUAAAAGACAACUUGAUUUCUAUAAUAAAUCAAUGCGGAGAAACACGACUUCUUUCACAAAUAACUGUUAUUCCUAUCACAACAACAACUAAUGUCAACCAAUCAGUUGUGACGCCAACAUCUGUACUGUCCUCACAGUCGGACUCAGCUCAUGGUCCGUGUAAUCUCAAGCCAAUGACAAUAUGCAAGAAAUGUGGCUCUUUUUGUCACUCGGACUGUAUCGGGCCUUCAAAACUGUGCGUCGAGUGUUUGGUCAGAUGAUUGAAUAU